ACACAGAGACUGCAAAUCAAAUCGCACAGCUCUCGACCUCACAGAGCUCACAAAUCAACGACAACAAAAACCAACACAGAACAACACAGAACAGAAAAAACCAAUCUACAACAACAUGAUGACACAGAUUGAAAACUACAGCAUAUAUGAAGUCUCUAGUUGGCUCAUCCAACAUGGGUUUGGUAGCCAUGUGGAUGUGUUCAGAAGCUGUGAAGUGAAUGGGGCUUUCUUGGUGGAAAUGACCCCAACUGAGCUAAUAGAUGAUCUUGGCUUCACUCCACUGGAAGCCACCAAUCUCUUGGAUGCCAUUCAGAGAGAAAAGUCAGGGUGUGUGCCUACUGCAACUGCUUAUGCUGUAAACACGUAUGUUCCUUCUGCGGCUGCCAUGGGGUCCUUCAAUCCUUCGCCCAACAACAGAUCCUACAUGCCAGCUCCAGCCACCAACACUCCUUCCAGUUUUACACCUCCAGAUCCUCGUAUCCAGCUUCUUGAAACAGAAAACAAUGCUCUAAAGCAACAAAAUGCUGCCUUAGAGGCAGACACCAUGCAUCUUCAGGGAGAGCUUCAGAAUUUGAAAGCCAUGUAUGAUCAACUAGUGCAACAACAACAGCAAGCCAUUGUGCCUGCUCAACCACAACCAGCUUACACACCCCCUCCACCCCCUCAACAAACUUACACACCCACUCCACCCCCUCAACCAACUUAUACACCCACUCCACCACCCCAACCAACUUAUACACCUGCCCCAUCUCCCCAACCAACAUAUCCAACUCAGACAUACUACCAACAGGCACCACAGCAACAGCAAGUCGAUUACAGUCAACAGCAGGCACCACCACAACCACAACAAACAUAUGCUACACAGCCCAACACAAUGGGUGCAACCACUGCCACAACUACCGAUCCCAACAAGAACAAUGGCAUGAAAAAGACUGGAUUCAAUGUGAUCAAGGGUGCAGGUGUUGGAGCUCUAGGAGGAGCCACCAUGGGAGCUGUUGCAGGAGCCAUACUCCCUGGCAUGGAUGCUGGUGACGGUGCCAAAGCAGGUGCUGCCAUGGGUGCUUUGGGAGGAGGUGUUAGUGGAUUUAUGAAAAAAUAAACGCACAUAACUCAGCCAAGAACUAAUAAGGACUAAAUCCGAAAUACAUUUGCUUC